AUCAUUUGGAACCAAAACUUCCACUUUAAGGUGGUUAGUUGGAGCUUGGAAACUUGUUCCCUCCUUCUCACCUUCCUUCCGGUUGACUCUCCCCUCCCACCAUCUUCAUCUUCAUCUUCUUCAAUUUUCAUCACCUCUUCUCUUCCUUUCUUUCUUCCACCAUUUCUGCUCUGUAAUAAGACCGACUACGCGUAAAUCGAAGAAAGUCUGACCACAUAAAAGUUCCAUCCUAAAAAAACAGCAUGCCAUUGUUAGUUGACUGCUCAAACUGCAAGACCCCACUACAACUCCCACCAGGAGCCACCUCAAUCCGCUGUGCCCUUUGCCGCGCCAUCACCCAUAUCCGUCCUGAUCCCCGCUCACUCCCUCCUCCUCCUUAUUCCUACUACCCUCCACCACCACGUGCUCCGGCGGCGCCGCCUUCCUCUUCUUCUUCUUCUUACCACGGAGGAGGUCGUGCACCGCCGUCUUCAACAGGGCGGAAGAAGGCGUUGAUUGUUGGGAUUACAUACAGGAAGUCCAGAUAUGAGCUAAAGGGUUGUAUAAAUGAUGCAAAGUGUAUGAAGUAUUUGCUUAUUCAUCGCUUCAAAUUCCCAGAAAAUGAGAUCCUUAUGCUCACUGAAGAAGAACGAGAUCCAUACAGGAUUCCUACGAAACAGAAUAUUAGGAUGGGAAUGGCUUGGCUUGUAGCAGGAUGUCGUGCAGGUGACUCGCUAGUAUUUCACUACUCUGGGCAUGGUUCACAGCAGAGGAACUACAACGGAGAUGAAGUGGAUGGCUAUGACGAGACUCUCUGUCCCUUGGACUUUGUCACUAAAGGGAUGAUCGUAGAUGAUGAGAUCAAUGACACGCUUGUUAAACCUCUUCCUCGUGGUGCUAAACUUCAUGCUAUUAUUGAUGCUUGCCAUAGUGGCACUAUGUUGGACUUGCCAUUUCUUUGUAGGAUGAAUGGGAGUGGGCAGUAUGUAUGGGAGGACCAUCGCCCUAGAUCAGGUAGAUGGAAAGGUACUAGUGGUGGCGAGGUAAUUUCCUUCAGUGGCUGUGACGACAAUCAAACAUCUGCUGAUACUUCGGCUUUAUCUAAGGUAACGUCAACAGGAGCAAUGACUUACUGUUUCAUCCAGGCAAUUGAGAAAGGACAUGCAAGUACUUACGGGAGCAUUCUUAAUGCUAUGCGUGCUGCUAUUCGUAAUACUGAUACUACUUCUGGAGGUGGUGGUGGUGUCGUUACAUCUCUUCUUACCAUGCUAUUGACUGGAGGAAGUGGUGCUGGUUUGAGACAGGAACCACAAUUAUCUGCCAAUGAAGGAUUUGACGUAUACAGGAAGCCAUUUUCGCUAUGACAAAUAUGAAAUGCUACCAUUGUGUAUGAACGACUAAACACAACCUGUAAUAAUGUUGUAAUAUAAUUUGUACCCAAUUUUUUGUAUAAUGCAUUGGAACUAGUAUUUAAGUUUGAUUAGCAAUGAGCUUGAACUUUUUUUUGUCCA